CUAUGGAAACGGGGCCUAGUGUCAGCCCCCGAGCCACGGUUCGAGGCCCGAAAGCUUUCUUUAUUCUUGGCGCUGCCGCCGCUGAGCUCCCAGGUGGGAGGAAGCGGGGGCCGCCUUGCUAGCUCCUGCUUCAUCCUACUCGAAGCCCCGGGUGGGGGCGCGUCGCUAGGCACGGGCAAGCAGAAGGGGGCAGUGAGGAGGACAGGCUUCAUAUAUGGCAGGGCCGCCUUGGCCUUCAGGGGCACUUUGAACUGAGAAAGCACUCUUACCAUGCCUCCUGGGAAGGUAGGCAGUAAGGAAACCUUGGUUCUGCAGUGUGAAUGGGAGAUGUGCAGCUUUGUGGCCUCGAAGAUGGAGGAGUUCUGCGAACAUGUGUCGAAGCACCUGCAGCAGCAUCUCCGCAGCAAAGAUGAAGAUGAUGAAGUGGAUUCUCUUGAAGAAUAUACCUGCCUCUGGCAGGAGUGUGGGUUCUGUUCUCCUGAGAGCCCUGCUGAGCUGGUCCGCCACGUUUACUUCCACUGCUACCAUACCAAGCUGAAGCAGUGGGGGCUGCAUGCCUUACAGAGCCAGUCAGACUUGACCCCCUGUCAGCUGGACUUCCAGAGCCGGAACAUCAUCCCUGAGAUCCAGGAGAAUUUCCUCUGCCUCUGGGAGUACUGUGAGCGUACCUUUGAUAACCCUGAGUGGUUCUACAGGCAUGUGGAAGAUCACAGCUUCUGCACAGAGUACAAGUCUGUCGGAAAGGAGAAUCACAUGGUCUUCUGUGGGUGGAAGGAUUGUGACUGUACCUUCAAAGGCCGGUGUAAAUUGCGAGAACACCUGCGCAGCCACACGCAAGAGAAGGUGGUGGCUUGUCCAACCUGUGGUGGGAUGUUUUCCAACAACACCAAGUUCUUUGAUCACAUUCGCCGGCAGACUGCUUUAGAACAGCAGCGAUUCCAGUGCUCCCAUUGCUCCAAGAGGUUUGCAACCGAGCGGCUGUUGCGUGAUCAUAUGAGGAACCAUGUCAACCACUACAAGUGCCCCCUGUGUGACAUGACCUGCCCUCUGCCCUCCUCUCUGCGCAACCACAUCCGCUUUCGACACAGUGAGGAGCGGCCCUUCAAGUGCAAUUACUGUGACCACAGCUGCAAGAAUCUCAUUGAUCUACGAAAGCACUUGGAUACACACAGCAAAGAGCCGGCCUACCGCUGUGAGUUUGAGGCCUGUAACUUCAGUGCUCGAUCCCUCUGCUCCAUCAAACUGCACUACAAGAAGGUUCAUGAGGGCGACUCGGAGCCCCGCUACAAAUGCCACGUCUGCGACAAAUGCUUCACCCGUGGAAAUAACCUGACGGUGCACCUCAGGAAAAAGCACCAGUUUAAGUGGCCUUCGGGCCACCCUCGCUUCAGGUACAAGGAACACGAGGAUGGCUACAUGCGGCUACAGCUGGUACGCUACGAAAGUGUGGAGCUCACGGAGCAACUCCUCAAGGACCGGGAGAAGCAGGGGGAGGUGCUGGGUGACGCGGCCCAGUGCGUGGUGCUGGCGGGGGCCGAGGGCGGCCUGCAGGGCAUCGUCCUCGAGCCCCCGGCGGAGGAAACUGCCGACGUGGACUUGCAGGUGGCUGUGCCUGCCCCGGGCCCCGCUCAGCAAGACGCCGACGCACCCCCCGACCGGGAGCCGAGUGCGCCCUCCAGCCCCAUCCUCCGCGUGGUGAGCAGGACCAACGAGCGCGGGGAGAGUGAGACCGUGUACUACGUGAUGGCCAGCGCACCUUUGGAGAGCCGAGUGGUUGUGCCCGGCGGGCUGACCACCGAGGCAGAGGAGAAUGUCAUGGACAGGCUCCAGAAGACGGCGGAGGAACUGGGCAUUCAGAUUGUAUGAGGCAGCAGCCUGGGUGUGGAACAUCGGGCCCCGGCUUCCGCUGCUGGCGGGGGCUGCGGAAGGCCUGCUUCAGGUUCCCCAGCCUCCUUAAUGCGCACUGCGGGAGCUGAGGGCGGUCAGCUGUGCUCCCCGCAGCAGUGUGCAGGGGACCUGUUCAUCCUGGGCUCCGUGCACACAGGUGCUCCUUUGCCCUGGGAGCUGUGGCACCUGCUGGUGCUUGGGGGGUCUGGCAAAGGAAGAGGGAAGCCCCAGAGCUCGGGACAAGGGCUGCUUCGCCAGAGAGCUCUUUGGGAAACGGCAGCCGGCUGUGCUUUGGAGCCCUUCCAAUCAAUGCAAAAUAUUGGGGGCAGGGUGAAGAGCUGGGCAUUCCAGGAGGCUUAUUCCCCUGCUUGCCUGUCUUGGAUCAUCCCGGUGUCCUGCCAGAAAUGUUCCUGUUUCUUUCGUCUCCAUCCCGGCCAGUCCUCUUCCUCGCCAUGAGCCCCACACUCAGACUUGGUUGUUCCUCUGCUGCAUGUCUAACCACUGAUCCCCCCUUUUAAGCCUCGUUUGUCUCAAGCCUGCCUGUUGGUUCCAGCACUGAUCUUUCGGUGGCUCGCCUGUUCUAUGAGCGAGGAGCCAGAACAUUGAGAGCCUGUUUUCAGUUGCUACUCCAGGGUUAGUCACUUCCUGCCUUCAUUUUUUUUUUAAAUUUCACUGAGCUGCUUUCUCUUUGUGGCUUGGGAGCCGCAAGGGCAAUGUGUGGAACCACGGGCUUCAUGUGCGCUACCUGCUCCGUGUCUCCUCCCGCAUGGCCCAAGCACUGCAGGGCGGUUUGUGCUCGGGUGGCUCCCGCACCAUAAAAAGACCAAGCAGAAAGCGGGGCUGCUUCUGGCCAAGGGUCCUUCCCGCAUGCUGGGGGUUCCAGCUCUGGCUUGCAGGGUUUAUGUUGUGACCGGAAUAAGAAUUAAAAGCAAAACUUAACCACAA